AUGGCUUACCAGUUUCCAAAACGCAUUCUUGAAGAAGGAGCUGAGACCCAGAUUGAUAAGAUUAACAAUACGUGUAGGCGUCGGACGUUGGAUAUGGUGAGGAGUGUUCUCAAGGAUGAGUAUGAGGAAGUUUUGCAAGACCCGGUCUUUGGUCCGAUUCUGGCAAUCCUAGAGAACAAGCUCCUGUACUCAGGGAAGAUUAUUCACAGCUUCAUAUGCAAGCAACUCAAGGUUUCCAAGCUUCACGAGCUGUGGUUUGUAUUCGCAAGGAGGCCUCUUAGGUUUUCACAGCAAGAAUUUUAUGCUGUGACUGGACUCAAGUUCAAGGAUGAACCUGACAUAGACUUUGAAGAUUGGGAGGAUGAUAAGGGGUUCUGGAGCAGGGUUUUGAAGCAGAACAAGAAGAUCAGCUUAUUGAGUAUAAGGACUGAGCAUCUUGAAGUCUGUAACAAGUGGACGUAUGUGGACAGGGUGAGGCUAGUGUAUCUUUGUAUUAUCCAAGGAUACCUCAUAGCUAAAGAUGAUAGAGUUUCUAUCCCUCUAGAAUAUAUUCGCUUGGUGAUGGAUUUUGGUAAGAUGAGGAUGUUUCCUUGGGGUCUUCACGCAUAUGAUGAGCUGAUUGAUUCAAUACGCAAAGCAACAAAAGAUCUACAUUUGAAGAACAGUUACGUGUUGGAUGGAUUCUCCAUUGCGUUUCAGAUAUGGGUUAUGGAGGCAAUCCCCGACAUUGGUACUAUGGUGGGUCAAAAGCUCAACAAAAACAUUACCAAAGUGAGAUGUAGGAAUUGGAAAGGAAGUGGGAAAGUGUCUUAUGAAGAUAUCAGUAGCCUAGAGUCGCACUUCGAUAAGGGAGAGUUGUUCCCUUUUAUAUCUGCUUCUGGGAACUCGGAUUUGAUUGAUAGUGAUCAGUUCUUCAGGGAAGAUGAGAAGCAUGACGAAAGAGUUGGACGUAUUGUUGCUCUGAUCAAUGCCAAACAAGAUUGGUCAGAAUUCGACUGGGAAGUUCACGCUUUGCCUCGAAGUGUGGAGCUGUCUGAUUCAGAAGAGGGUGUUGAUGUUGGAGAUGUCACAGAAACCCAUGUGGAGGAACCGUCACUUGUAGAGGAACCGGCUGUUGUUGCAAGAAGGGGCAAGCGUAAGGUAAAUGAUCGUGGUGCCGAGACCCGAAAGAAACAAUUGCUUUGUCAACGGGCGGCUGAACAUAACAGUGGUAUCUCCGGUCAGAUGAAGACUUUCAUUGAAGGAUUAUUCACCUCUUUAAAAGAGGUGGUGCAGAAAGACAUCCAAGAGCGUUUUGACAAGGUCGACAAAGAGAUGGCUCAACUCAAGGAAGUGGUGUCUAAGAUCUUGGGUCCGUCAGAUACAAUGGGAAAAGAAAGAGCCACUGACAUUCUGUGUCCUUCAGCAACAAUGGAGAAAGACCAAUUCCGAGAAACAUCACAGAGUCUGUCGCCUUUAGCAGCAAAGGAAAAAGGCAAAGGCAAGGCAGAUGAGACUGGAGUUCCUCCUACGGUUCGUCGUAGCCCUCGGCCAAGAAAGGAGAUUGAAACUGAUGAUAUGUUGGAUUUUUUGAAAAAUCUGUCACAAUCAUCGAAAAAUAAAGAUAUGGGGACCCAAGAGUAUUUACAAGACGCUGUGGGUAACCUUUCUCAAGCAUCACAUGUUAGAGGUUUCGAUCCCUCACAAAAAAGCUCAGCUGAAGAAGCCGUAGAAAUUAGUACUCCUUUAUCAUCAUCUAAGCCUGCGGAUUACAAAACACUCAGUCUCAAAGAUACAGACUUACAUGAGGACCGGGUAAAAUUAAGGGAGUGGUGUUCAACUUCCAAACAGCACCUCAAAAUUGGACCUUCUGUCUACACAAGUGAGUUAGCAAAACGUGUAAUGGGACCUGCAGUGUGGCUAAAGAACGAUGAAAUUGAUGCUAUGUUGUACUUAUUUCGCGAGAGAACUUCUUUGGGACGAUGGAAUCAAUCCAAAGUAGCCUUCAUGAGCUGCAUAUUCAGUAAUCAAAUGAAGAAUUCUUACAUAGAUUUCAAGAAAGACAGGAAAGGUUUCAAAGUGCAAGGACUGCUCCACCAGUACGGAAUUGGUGAACUUCCUGCACACGGACGAACAGGACUAAUGUGGGAUCUCGAUGUGAGUCGCAUGUACGUGCCUCUUCUUGUUCACGGUAACCACUGGAUCUCUAUGUGUGUGAACUUUGUUACUCGUUCAAUAGAGGUCUUUGACUGUGGAGGAAUGAAACACAACAAGGACUUGGAGCCAUUUGCACAUCUCAUCCCUAGAAUUGUCAAAGCUGUGCAGUCUUCGAAGAGUAAACUAAUCGUCAAGCCAUAUGAUGUCACUUACGCCCCAAUGCCCUUCCUAAACAAGACUAGCAGUGAUUGUGGAGUAUAUGCGCUGAAACACAUUGAAUGCCAUCUUCUAGGCAUGGACUUAUCAUUAGUGAAUGACGACAACAUUCGUGAAGCUCGCCUCAAGAUUGCGUGUGACCUGUGGGAAGCUGCUAAUGAUCCUGUCAUUAUUUUGAGAAUGUCACAGUUUAUUCCUCCGAAGACCACGACAGAUCCUGUAGUUACAAUUUUAUGA